GGUGCACUGAGACGAUACAUACACUGGCGGAGCACUUCCACACUGUCAGUCCUGGGAGCUCCGAGGAGCGAGUGUGAGGGCUGGUCUGUCCCCACCGACUUCCAAACUGAGAUGUUGACAGUGACGCCAGGGAAGGUGACGCCCAGACCCUGCUCAGACCUGGCAACGGAUCGUUUCAACAUGUUGAGCAGAAGAUUUGAAUUCGGUUCACAGGACAAGUCAGGUUUGCCCAGCUGUCAUUCUCUGAAGAGUGAGGCCUCCAUGUUUGUGCCUAUGAACUUUAAAAGCAAGGACUUUGAAAGUUCACAGAAGAACAAGGAGUCUGGAGCUCCCAGCUGUCAUUCUUUGAAGAGUGACGCCUCCAUGUUUGUGCCUAUGAACUUCAAAAACAGAGGGUUUAAAAGGAAUUUUUCUGAAGAUUUGAAUGAUUAUGUAGACGACCGUCCUCAAUCUCCGCGGCUCGUCGGAUAUGAAAAAGAAGAUGAACCUCAGAUGGUUUCAGCAGAGGAGCAUUUGAAGUCCUCAUUCAGAGAGAAAUUCUACAGCUGGGGAGACGUGUAUGAUCCAGAAAAUGAUGUAAAACACAGUUACACUGACGUGAUAAUGACAGGUGACGGUCCAGAGAUGCCUGAAAAACACGUGGUGAGAUUAAAUAGAGCCCUUUGGGAGGAGAACAAGUCCCAAACCAACAAGUUCCUGGCCAGUCUUGACCACAUCCUGAAACGACAGCCUGGCAGAGAAAAGCCCAAUAGAACCGUUGUCACUGAAGGCGUUGCUGGAAUCGGGAAGACCUUUUCCCUGCAGAAAUUCAUUCUCAACUGGGUGGAAGGCAAAACAAACACAGACAUCAAUUUUGUUUUCAGCUUUGCAUUCAGAGAGCUGAACUUGAUAAAGGGCCAGAGAAGCUUGCACAAGCUGGUGACGGACUUUCACCCUGCUCUGCGGGGCGUAACAGAACCAGAUGACCUGAACAGAGCCAAGAUCAUUGUGAUCUUGGACGGCUUGGAUGAAAGCAGAUUUCUGCUGGACUUUGAGGGCGCCGCCAACAUUACAUCUGUGAGCAAGGCGUCAUCUUUGAGUAAUCUUGUCGUCAACCUCAUAAAAGGUUCUCUCCUUCCUGACGCUCAACUCUGGAUAACUACUCGUUCAGUGGUUUCUAAUCGAAUCCCUUCAAAAUAUGUGGACGUGGUGACAGAAAUCACAGGAUUUAGCGACUCUCAAAAAGAGGAAUACUUCAGGAGAAGGUUCUCCUCUGACCCAGACUCUGCAGAAGAAAUGAUCUCACACGUUCAAUCUUCAGCGGCCUUCAGCGCCAUGUGCCAGAUUCCACUCUUCAGUUACAUUUCUGCUUUACUCUUUGAGCAGAACUCUGGAGGAUGCUAUGAUCCUGAAAGUCCUCACACUCUCACAGAAAUGAUGGCACAUUUCUUGCUUGCUCAGACGAAGCUCAGAUGGAGGAAAUAUGGAUGGGGGAGGCACCGAAGGAACUCACCUGAAACGCACAGAGACUUCCUGCAUAGACUUUGCAAGCUUGCAUUUGUUCAGUUGGAGAAGAACAAGCUCAUCUUUGAUGAGAUCGACCUGGACCAGUGUGGCAUUGACCUCAGUGAGGCAAUAAUCUUCUCUGGAUUUUGCAGUGGAAUUCUGAGAGGGAAGGAUGUCUUCUGCCAAAGAACAGUCUUCUUCUUUGUUCACGUGAUCAUUCAGGAGUUCUUGGCUGCCUUGUACGUCUUUCACUGCUUCAUGAGCAGGCACACAGCAGAACUUGGGGACUUCCUUGGCCACGAGAAUCAAGAGUACACACAUCUUGAUCUUCUGAAGUUGACAGUUGAGAAAGUGUUAGAGAAGGGAAAUACCCAGUUCAACUUUUUCUUGCAGUUUCUCCUGGGCCUCCUGGUUGAGUCGAACUACAGGAUCCUUAAAGAUCUGAUUGGGUCACCUGAGCCGAGCACAAGCCUUGUAAUGAAAAUGCAGACGCAUCUGAAAGCCAUCCAAGGAAACGUCUCUCCACGCAACUGCAUCAUCCUGUCCAAGUGCUUGGUGGAGAUGCGAGAUCCCAAAGGUAGCGAUCAUAUACCACCACUUGAUGGAUAAAGAGGAACAAGAAGGUGAUCGGUUGCAGCCUGCCACCUCUUCAUGACCUGUAUGCCUCUAGGACCCAGAGACGUGCAGGUCGGAUCAGAGCCGACCCUUCUCACCCUGGACAUAGACUGUUUGUUCCUCUUCCCUCUGGCAGGAGGCUACGGUCCAUCCAGACCAGAACCUCCCGUCACAGGAACAGCUUCUUUCCCUCGGCCGUCAGACUGUUAAAUUCAUGAACAGCCUUGUUGUAAUGUUAUUUUAUUUAUUUUAUUUUAUUUGUUUUUUGUUGCACUUUAUUCCAAGGCACUUUCCUAGUCAGUGGGCUCCCCACUGACCAUGGCAAUAAAUUUGAUUCUGAUUCUGAUUCUGAUUCUGAAGAUGACAAGAGUUGGACUGAUCCCAUUUGAUCCGAAUCCAUCUUUGUCUUUCAGCAUUGGCAUGACAGGGUGGAUGCUAUGAUGCAGAAGAAAUGCAGAACAAAUGCACAAUCGUAGCGCACUUGCACAUUUUUCCCACUUCCUUUGUCAAUCUUAUUGGUCUCUAGUUUGCAGUGUUAUGGUAGAGAAAUAGUGUCAUCAUUUUCAGAGCCCACUAGAUGACACUCUAUUCUUUAAAAUCUCUGGAUGUGAACAAUAAGUUAAGUGAAACCUCGCAUGGUGAUUUUAAAUGAGAGUGCCAUCUACUGAGCUCUGAAAAUGAGGACACUGUUUCAUGAAGCCUCAUCAGCCCCUCAAUAUGUUUUGGAGAUUAGAUCACUUACCGUGAGCCACUAGCAGCAGUUUAUUAUUGACCUCCAUGAAACAUGCGUUAUUAUUACACUUAUAAAAAGGCAAUUAAAUUUGACUGGGUUUACUUCAGGAUAAAGUACGUUUAUCUAUCUAAAACCACUGAUAUUUACUCAUUAUGACGCAUUACAAGCCAUCCCAUGCAUCCGCCAACCCCAAACCCCCCAUAUAUUUUUUCUCCUCCUGCAACCGACACCUUACCGUGGUGGAGGGGUUUGAGACUCCCAACGAUCCUAGGGGCAACGUUGUCGGGGUCUUGGUUCCCCAGGUAGGGUUUCCCAUGUCAAACUGGUCCUAGGUGAGGGAACAGACGAAGAUCGGAUUGCGGGCUAGCACCUGGUGCUGCCUGAAUAACCUUGGUGACCCUGCUCUCUCAUUGGCUGACCGCACCUGAUAGGGCGGAGUUGAUGUUGAGUGACGAGUAAGAGCUUUGGAAGGUGGAGUGAAACUAAAAAGCCUGGUGUCUCACCCUAGUAAGCCUUUUAACACCAGCUGCGUCUUUGUCAUCACGGGGUGGAGCAUGAAGGCUGCCUCAGGUUCCAGCUGUCAGUCAACCUGUGUGCAGUGCUGGGUUGUCACGCUACUGACUAUGUUUAUGGAAGAGAUAAUAGAUUCAUUAGUUGGACUCUUUGGGAAAAGUUUUGUCAACAACAAAAUCAAUAGUUUAAAAAUGUUCCCAUGGCUGCUUUACCUGAUCCAACAUGUAAUGCAUAAGUAGAGCCACCACACUGAUAUGUUUUUUGUUUGCCUUUCAUGUUCUUGUUUUAUUGCACCUUUAUAUAUUUGACAUGUUUGAACAAUGUUUCGUAUAUGAAUUACAAGAUAAUAGUUUAAUAUUUUGUGACUAUCUUUGCAUGAUUAACAAAGGUGUGCGGCGUCCUUUAGUGGUAGACGCAUGUGCUCCACCAAUAAUAACACACACGUUUAUGAUGAAUGUUAAUGUAUCCAAUUUUUGCAAACAUAUUUUAAGUUUGAUGUGUGUUUUGUGCUCAUGCUAUGUCGUGUUCUAAGAUGAAAGUACAGGUGGUGACUUGCCAGCACAAGAGGAAAUCUCCAAGGACUGAAACGGAGGGGAAAUGACGGACACAUUGCUCCAAUACAGGGUUGACAAUCUUUUAUAAAUAUUGAUUAUAUUAACCAAAUAUUUUAAAGUCACCUGGAUAGAAAUGUUUAUGUGAAAUUGUGUCAAUUAACAACCAUGUUUGUUUUUGUACAAUGAUGUAGCUGCAUCAUGAUGUGCGGUCAUUGUCAAAACCUGUUCAAGGAUUGAGAAAUGAUAAUCAGGUUUCAUAUUAAAUAAAGAAUCACGUGGGCCACUG